UUUCAAACCAACCAAUCCCUUCUCGCGGCGUUCAGAGGUUGGUGGGAGUUGGUUGCGCGCGCUCUGUUGGUCGAGGAAGAAGGCGGCGGCGAGGCGAGUGAGUGAGUGAGGCAGGCCUCUAAAUUUUGAAACCCUGGAGGACAAGAUGACUGGAUCAAAUGAAUUUAAGUUGAACCAACCACCGGAAGAUGGAAUCUCAUCAGUGAAGUUCAGUCCCAACACAUCUCAAUUUUUGCUUGUUUCAUCUUGGGACACUUCUGUUCGAUUGUUUGAUGUUCCUGCCAAUAGCAUGAGGCUCAAAUAUCAACAUACAGGAGCUGUACUUGACUGUGCCUUCUAUGAUCCAACACAUGCCUGGAGUGGAGGAUUAGAUCGACAGUUAAAAAUGCAUGAUUUGAACACUGAUCAAGAAAAUCUUGUUGGCACCCAUGAUGCUCCUAUCAGAUGUGUGGAAUAUUGUCCAGAGGUGAAUGUAAUGGUGACAGGGAGUUGGGAUCAAACAGUCAAGUUAUGGGAUCCCAGAACACCUUGUAAUGCAGGAACAUUUUCUCAGCCUGAAAAGGUGUAUACAUUGUCUGUGUCUGGUGACAGACUGAUAGUGGGAACAGCUGGUCGGAGAGUUCUGGUGUGGGACUUAAGGAAUAUGGGUUAUGUUCAACAGAGAAGAGAAUCAAGCUUAAAAUACCAGACCCGAUGUAUCAGAGCAUUUCCUAACAAACAGGGCUAUGUGCUAAGUUCUAUAGAAGGCCGUGUUGCAGUUGAAUAUUUGGAUCCAAGUCUGGAAGUGCAGAAGAAAAAAUAUGCUUUCAAAUGCCAUAGACUGAAGGAGAAUAAUAUUGAACAGAUAUAUCCAGUUAAUGCCAUCUCUUUCCACAAUGUCCAUAACACAUUUGCUACAGGUGGUUCUGAUGGAUUUGUCAAUAUUUGGGAUCCAUUUAAUAAAAAGAGACUCUGCCAGUUUCAUCGUUAUCCAACCAGUAUAGCAUCGUUAGCCUUUAGCAAUGAUGGAACCACUCUGGCAAUAGCAUCAUCGUAUAUGUAUGAAAUGGAUGACAUUGAACAUCCUGAAGAUGGUAUCUACAUUCGCCAAGUGACAGAUGCUGAAACAAAACCCAAGUCUACUUAAUCCCUGGCCAAAAAGCUUCAAAAUCUUUCCCUCUCAAAAGAUGUCUCUACUGAGUUCCGACAAGACUUGUUUAAAAUAAAUCCCUGGAUUGAAAGAAAAUCUGUUUCAAUAUGAUGCUUUCACUGAAUUUAGUGUUGGUGUAAUAAUUUUGUGUAUGUUUAUCACAGAUGAGUACAUGUUGAUCCAGAUACUGUUGAACGACAGUGUUUUUUUUAGCCCUAGCUGGUAUAACCAGCAGUGAGUGAUACAGUCAACAACAUCUGGAGGACCACAUGUUCCCCAUCUUUGCUCUCUAUCAUUAUUUUAGCUUAUGCAGGAACUAGUAUUUUCUUCAUAUGAAUAAACUGUUCUGUAAGAAAAGCUUAUUUCUUUGCAACUUUACAUUUUGUAAUUGAAAUUUUGUACAGAUUUAAUAAUUGUUUCACUGUUUGAAUAAAUAUUUUCAAAACAAAUAUUGUUACUAGGACAGCAAUAUGUUAUACAUUUUCAGUGUCAGCUUUCAUAGUGAAAACAACACUUUAAUUUUAUGUUUUGUCAGGCAUGAUCUAUUCAAUAGACUCUAUUUCAAACACACUUAAAUUCCAUGAUAAUACUCAAUAUUCAUGGUGAAGUCUGCUGUUAUCCCAAGGAGAUAAGAGGUGAGAUAUACCCAUCUAUUGAGGCCUCUGAAUUGUACAAGGACAAAGUCAGGAUAUGUAAAUAAUAUCAUAAAAACGAUUUGCAUAUUUUCUGUGCACAAUCUCUGCUUUCUAUAGCCAUGAUGUGAGGUUAGAAAAAACCUCAUGACUACUGUAUCGUUUAAGAUUUCACUAGACAUUGCUCGUACAUUAGACUUAGAGCUCAUACUCACUAAAGGCUUUUGGAUGCUUUUAUCCAGUAUUUAUUGGUAUAUAGUAUUCUGCAGAUGUGAAUUAUACAAUACUAUAAACAAAAACAUGGAAAUCAUUGGAUCCUUCUGUAAGUCAUAUUGGGAGCACACAGUGGAUCUUUGCUGCUGCUUGUUCUCUUAUUGACUUGUCUUGAAUAGGAACGAGAUUGAUAGUCAGGUUUUCAGGAAUGUUUUCAGAUGUUUUAGCACAUAACCACAAAUAUUGGGCUUAGGGAUCAGUUGCUAUUGUGGGACAAUAUCUCUUGUGGCCUGUUUCAAAAAUGCACAUCGUUCCAGUGUCACUACGAUGCCCUUCUUUGGAAGUUACAUCCUUUCUCAGGGCUGCUUGGUCUCUAUUUAGUUCUUCUUUUCAUGAUAGUCCAAAUGCCAUGAUUGAUGAGUAAUUUCAGAUGGUGCAGCUUAUGUCUGUGGUAUGUUUUGUGUGUGGUUAUGGGGCAUUCCUAGAUCCUCUUCAUUUCAGAAGCGUUUUUAAAGGGGAGUAGAGAAAUUUCUAUUUACUCUCACACAAAUAGUUCUAAUAUCAGCACUUAAGUAUAUUUUAUUGUGCAGUAUCUUGGUUUUGCUCCUACCCCAUUCUGUAGCUGAAAUCCGCAACUGAUGAAAGCGUGUUGCUGUCAUGUGCUUAGAACAAUAAAACCUUGGUAAAAAUG